AUGGACAUGCAUACACCUCGGCGACCGCAACGAAUCCAUAGUGGCGCACUGCGCUUCCUCAAGAUGUGCAAAGAACGAGCUCGCGAGCGGUCGCUGUCGCUUUCGAUCAACAACCGCAAGAAGCUCAUGUCCAUGAGCAGCUUUAAGAAUUCUUUGGCCGUUUUAACACGCACCAUUCGGUGGGAGUCGAUCGCUUUAACGACCAACCAGAUCGAGGAGUGCGUCUUUUUCAUCGAUGGCUUGCCGCCAAGCAGUAUCGCAACAAUCAAGGAUUUAUCCUUUACGAGCCUCAACAGACCUACAUACUAUCCCUUCGGCGAAAAUUUGCCAAAGAACAGACUGGACCUACAGCGUUUCGCGGCGCUCAAAGCACUUACCCUUGACUUCCCUAACCCACUGUCAAAAUCCAAAGAAGCAUGUUCUUGGGAUCAACUCACUGACCUGAAAAUCACUUGCAGAAUGCGUUCAGAAAAACUACUAGCAAUCCUUCGCCAUUGCGUCAGCUUGGAAAAUUGCUCUGUUUCGCCGGAGACCGACUUCGACAGAAGCGACCUAGAGAAGAGCGAGCGUUACCCGAAAAGGGCUCGCCUCCUCAAGCUGAAGAAGCUUGAACUCGUUUCCGAACGUGUUCCCUCCCUCCUGCCUGCCACUCUCGUUUGUCCCGUCCUUCAGCAGGCUACCUUCGCUUACAAAUAUUGCUCCAACUUUGACGACUCUGACUACUACUCCGACUACGACUCCGACUCUGACUCUGACGGCAAUCUAGACAACGAAGCCACAGAACUCAAAACUUUCAUCUGCAAGUACGGUGAAACUCUACUGAAGCUGCAGGUUCCUGGAGUCUUUGCCAAUAUUCUUAGCGACUGUCUUCCUAAACUCAAGAACCUAGAGGAACUUGUCGUCGUUGCUCCAUAUCAUGAUGGUGAUGACUCCGACGACUGGACCGUGGAGGAAGACCUGGACGAUUCGGGAGCCAGAUCAUUCCUUUCUCCCCUCGCUACUACGGGAAACAAGUACCUCCCUCGCUUAAGAGCCAUUCAAGUGCUCGAACAACCCAACCGAACCAAGGACGGCGUCGAGGAGUAUCUCUUCCAAAUAGCCAAGUCUCGCAUGUCAGGAAAGAAGGGUGUAGUUCCUUUGGAGCGCAUAAUCCUCAAGACGCCGACCCAGAGAACACAGAAAUUAGAAAAAUAUCGCAAGAAGUAUCGAGAAUGGGAAAGUCGUGGUCUUCGAGUAGAUAUCGAUGGUGGGCACAACGUUUUUGUUCGUUUUCUGGGAGGUUUCAAUCCUGACUCGUCUUCACAGGACCAAUGCCAGUGA